AUUUGUCAGCAGAUUAUAUUGGCACGAAAAUGAGUUAAGAGCUACUCAAAUGAGCCUGUCUGCUGGCUUAUCAUUGCUACUAAACCCUGUCAUGUUUUCUGCUCCAAAAGUAUUUCAAGCUCACUUCAUUUUAUUGGUUUCCGAUGCCAUUCAUAUCAGCAUGUCUUCUGAGAAUAAAGGUGUAGAUCCUGUGCUAAUAGAUUUUUACCUCACAGCAUUUGAAAUGUCUGUCAUCUUGUACACAAGAUACAUGUGCAAUUUGCAAAAUGGCUAUCCUAUAAGUGGGAAUAAUGCUUCUGUUAAAUCACGUAUUCCUGAGAAUAAUCCUCAGCUGGAUUUUGAAUCUCAUCUUCUGCCAGCUACAUGGAAAAAAAUUUGUCAUUUGAUUACCAAAUGUGAGGAAUCAUGGCGAUCAUAUUUGUGCAGUAGAUCCCUUGGUGAGAAAUCCAACUUGCUGACCAACUCUAUUGCAUACGUAAAGGAAAGCUUACGUGCAUUUGAUAUGUCCUGCACAGAUGAGAUGUUAUCAAUUUUAAGUUGCAUUAUACUUAGAGGUUCUUCUGAUGAUAUUGGUGAAAAUGUACUAUAUACAGAUGGGAAAACGAGUGUUCAAGAUAUAUAUCUUCUUGCUUCUAUACUGAAGUUGAUGAGUUGUUCAAUCUUGCAAGUCAUACACAGUCUUAGGCAUGGCAAUAAUUCCAGUUCUUCAGAAGCUCUUAAAGAGGCGUCACUGUAUAAGGAAUUUGAUGUUGUGAUGGAUGUUAUUGGCUGUUUUGAAAAAUUCAACAUCACUUUACCUGUUCAAAAGUUCUUAUUGGACAUCAUGGAAGCACAUCCGUCGAGUCAUAUGAAGUCCAAGUGGAUGCUUUUGCACUUUUCAGGCUUGUUAUCACUAAGUUACGUUAGUGGGAUUGACUUCUUAGUGAAUGACUGUAUAUUUGCAAUGAUCUCAGUGUUGAAUAUCUUUAGUUUUGAGGAGGGCAGUUUACAUGUCUUGGGGCCUUUAAUUGGUUCCAAAUCAAAAUCUUCUGUUGGAUCAUCUGGGAAUAUGAGGGUAUCCAAAUCUUCUGGUAAAGUUAGAGAGACUUUCCUGAUGGAUAAAAAAUCUAGCAAAAUAGUUGCAUCAAAGUUUGUAAAGAUUCGGACUUUGUACUUGGGCGGUUCUCAAGGGAGGAGCAUUCAGCAAGCUGAGCCAGCGGGAACUUCGGAAAAUGCUUCUUUUAUAAAUUGCAUAGAUUCAGCUGUUGGCAUGCAUGAGGAAACCUGCAACGGCGAGAACUUUCUGAAGUGCAUAAUAGGUAGAAGCUCACUAAAAUCAUCUGAAAUUGAUGAUUUGGCAGAUUUUAUUGAGUGCAAGCGAGGAAAAGAUUAUUCUGGCUGGUUGAAAGGGAGACAAAAGUUUCGACAGUGGUGGAAAAAGGAGAAAAUGGCUGCCUAUCAGUGGAAUAAAAAACGAAAAGCCUGGAGGUGCAUGAUCGGGAAGAAAGCAUAGGUAUAAAAUGCAGGUCAUAUUUGAACAGAAGCAAUAGAGUUCAUGAAUGAAAGAACGAGGAAAACAAGUUCUCCAUCUAAUAUUUUUUUGGAGAAGAUGAAGAUAUGGGUACUAAAUACAUCUCUCAAGGGACCGGUUCUGGCAGGAAACCAUACAGAACGUACAUGAAAUGAAAGCAGGGCAGAGUACUCUCAAGUAACUGGCUCUGUGUUUCAUAUAGCUAAUAAUGCGGAUAAUCUAAAUGGAAGAGCAUGGCUCUGUUGUUUCAUAUAGCUAAGUUAGCCAACUGGCAAUCAAGAUCUCUAUUUUUCGAUUGACGACGUGCAGAAUUUUUCUUCUGCUGCUGCUGCUGCUGCUGGUAUAGAAAUUGAAGCCUUCCUAUUUCUCUUUCUAACAUAUUCUGUUCCACUGAUAUAGUAUAUGAUAUAAAUGAGAUAAAAAUCGAAAA